AUGAUGGCAGAAGAGAAAGUAAAGAUAGAAGAAAAAAGCUCAAAUUCUGAAAAUGUUGAUGAAAUUGGGGCUGCCGCUGGUGAUAAUUCGAAAAAGGCCUUACCCACAUGUGUCAUCGUGCUUGGUAUGGCUGGUUCUGGUAAAACCACCUUUGUACAGCAAUUAACUGCCCACCUGUUUGCCAAAAAAGAAGCACCAUACAUUGUAAACCUGGACCCAGCUGUUCUAGAAGUUUCUUUCCCUGCCAAUAUAGAUAUUCGUGAUACAGUCAACUACAAAGAAGUGAUGAAACAGUACCAACUAGGACCCAAUGGUGGAAUUAUCACCUCUUUAAACCUUUUUUCUACUCGUUUUGAUCAGGUGAUGAAAUUUAUUGAAAAAAGAUCCUCUGAAUGCAAAUAUGUUAUAUUUGAUACCCCUGGACAAAUUGAAGUAUUCACAUGGUCAGCUUCUGGUAGUAUUAUCACUGAAGCAUUGGCCUCAACUUUCCCUACAGUCAUUGUAUAUGUUAUGGACAUUUCCCGAAGUGUCAGUCCUGUGACAUUCAUGUCCAAUAUGCUUUACGCUUGCAGUAUUCUCUACAAGACCAAAUUGCCAUUCAUCCUUGUCAUGAAUAAAAUUGAUAUUAUAAGCAGUGAUUUUGCUGUCGAGUGGAUGACUGACUUUGAAGCCUUCCAAGAUGCCCUGGAGAAUGAAACCUCAUAUGUUUCCAAUCUGACGCGUUCUAUGAGUCUUGUCCUAGAUGAAUUUUACAACAAUCUUAGGAAUGUUGGGGUAUCUGCUGUGACUGGACAAGGAUUACCAGAAUUCCUUGAUCUAGUUGGAGAAGCAGCUGAAGAAUAUGAACGUGAAUAUCGUCCGAUGUAUGAGAAAUUGUUAAAAGAAAAAGAUGAAAGGAUUGAGAAGGAGAAGCAGAAACAAUUGCAGAAAGUGAGAGAUGACAUGAACGAGGAUGAUGUAUCAGAAAAUUUUGGCAAGCCUUAUCCUGGAGUUGCAAUUACUCCAGGAGUGAUUGAAGAAGAUAGUGAUGCAGAGUUUGCAGGAGAUACUGAUGAAUUUGUAGACGAAGAAGAACAAAGAGAACAUGAAUCAUUCAAGAAAUUCUUAGAACGGCACCGAGAGAAACAGAUAGAAAAAGUAAAAUGUCAGCCAAAGACUUGA